AACAAUGAAUCAAUUAUCAAAAUAGUUGGCAAUUGAUUUAAUAGUUGACAACUACCGUAAUCGGUUAAUCUUUGUAGCUCCAUUUUAGAGAGGGGUUAAAACAGUCAAACACACAAGUAGUGCGAUCUCAGACAGAGUUAUUGUUCAAGAAUCUACCAAUCCUACAUUACAAUGUAUCUAAGCUGUCUGUCGGAUUACGCUGUCAUCUUCUCGCCCACAUCAAACUCUUGAUGUAGGUCACAUGUCGCUGUUAGUCUAAUUUGGUGGUGUGGGUGAAAACACAUUUCCUACUGAAGAGUUCAGACUUCAAGUGCACCACCUUUGUGUGACAGUCACUCUCAGCAUGUCUGCUGUCUGGUUAAAGCUCAUAACCCUCCUUACCAUCCUCUCCUGCCCAGCCCUGAGUGGCCCAGUGAGCAGUGAAGUGGUAUGGAGAGCUUUAGGGGAAGCAGUCACUAUCCAGUGCAGACCUUCCAAACCAGACCAAGAGUACCUGAGUCUGAAAAAGGGUCUUAGUGAGGAGCAUGACGUUUUGUACAAAGAAGGCAACCCAGAAAAAAACACCAUUUACAAAGAAUUCAUGGGCAGACUUCAGCUAAAUGGAGUAUUCCCCAAUGUGGACAUUCUCAUCAAAAACUUGACCUCUAAUGACACAGGACCGUACUGGUGCGUGUACAAGAAGUUUGACCUGGUGUCCAGUAAAAACCUGGAAAUGAAAGGCACAGGGUCUGUUCUCCUGGUGGUGACGGGUGGGCCUCAGCAGCAUUCAGCAUGUGUCCCACCAGACGAUAAUCUGUUCCUGGUAAUUGUGAUCUUUGCUGCGCUGCUGCUUGGCAUCAUCAUGUGCUUCCUCAUAUGGAUCAUCCUUAAGACCAUAACCACCAAAAAGCGCACCAAAAAGACACAGAGGCACGUCACCACCAGUGAUGUUUAUGAGGACAUGCGUGGAACAAUCAGACGCUGAAGAUGUCAGCCCGCAAGCAAGCAACCUGAAACUCCACAAUCUCUCUGCACCACUAAGGCGCAAGUUAUGCAUGAGAAGCAAUGUUGCAACUCAGCAUGUUCUCUCUCAUCUCUUCUGGCCCUAUGUGUGUCUGGCUGAAAGACAGUUAAGACAAUAAAGUCUAUGCUAAAAGGUACAAACAUGGGAACACCUGCACAACCCUGAAAGUAUAGAGAAGUACAAUGUCUUGGCAAGAAAUCAGAACUGGAUUGUACUGACAUGAGGCCCUGAUAUAUACAGUAUUUUUUAAUGUAAAUAAGUCUUCUUUAAUUUCAGUAAUUUCUUAUACAGUAUUUUUGUACAAAGUGAUGAUUAGUUGAAAAAAAAGGCAGGGUUAACUUGCCAUAUAAGAUAAAUACUAUGUAUUGUGAUCAUAUUAACUGUAAUUCUGUGUCUAUAUGAAUAAAACAAUAUUGGGGAUUAGUA